UGAGAUCCUAGCUAAGAGCACACAGAGCGGGCUGAUUGGCUGGUGCAGGGUGAGCAGGGCAUAUAAAAGACAGCUGUAGAACAUCUGGGGAGGGCCGUGGUAUCAUCUGUCUAGAGGCAAACCUCGGUGCUUCUCAGACAGUGCUUUUCACCAUGAGUGGGUGCCCAUUUUUAGGAAACAACUUUGGAUAUGCUUUUAAAAAAUUAUCUGUAGAAGGCAGUGAAGAAGACAAAUCACAGACCGGCAUGAACAGAGCCAGCAAAGGAGGUCUUAUCUAUGGGAACUAUCUGCAUCUAGAAAAAGUUUUGAAUGCACAGGAGCUUCAAAGUGAAAUAAAAGGAAAUAAAAUCCAUGAUGAACAUCUUUUUAUCAUAACUCAUCAAGCUUAUGAACUCUGGUUUAAGCAAAUCCUCUGGGAAUUAGAUUCUGUUCGAGAGAUCUUUCAGAAUGGCCAUGUCAGGGAUGAAAGGAACAUGCUUAAAGUUGUUACUCGCAUGCACCGUGUGACAGUGAUCCUUAAACUACUUGUACAGCAGUUUUCUGUUCUGGAAACGAUGACAGCCUUGGACUUCAAUGACUUCAGAGAGUACUUAUCUCCAGCAUCAGGCUUCCAGAGUUUGCAAUUCCGACUGUUAGAAAACAAGAUAGGUGUCCUUCAGAGUCUGAGAGUCCCUUACAACAGAAGACAUUAUCGUGAUAACUUCAGAGGAGAAGAGAAUGAACUGCUACUUAAGUCCGAGCAGGAAAAAACACUUCUGCAACUAGUAGAGGCAUGGCUGGAAAGAACACCAGGCUUAGAGCCACAUGGAUUUAACUUCUGGGGAAAGUUUGAAAAAAACAUUGUCGAAGGCCUAGAAGAAGAAUUCAGAAGGAUUCAGGCUAAAGAAGAGUCAGAGGAAAAAGAGGAACAAAUGGCUGAAUUUCAGAAACAAAAAGAGGUGUUACUCUCCUUGUUUGAUGAGAAACGUCAUGAACAUCUCCUUAGUAAAGGUGAGAGACGACUGUCCUACAGAGCACUUCAGGGGGCCUUGAUGAUAUAUUUUUACAGGGAAGAGCCUAGAUUCCAGAUCCCUUUUCAGCUGCUAACUUCUCUUAUGGACAUAGACACUCUCAUGACCAAAUGGAGAUAUAACCAUGUGUGCAUGGUGCACCGAAUGCUGGGCAGCAAAGCUGGCACUGGGGGGUCCUCGGGCUAUCAGUACCUGCGCUCAACAGUGAGUGACAGGUACAAGGUAUUUGUAGAUUUAUUUAAUCUUUCAACAUAUUUGGUUCCCCGACACUGGAUACCGAAGAUGAACCCAAUUAUUCAUAAAUUCCUUUACAUGGCUGAAUAUUGUGACAGUUCUUACUUCAGCAGUGAUGAAUCAGAUUAAAAUCAUCUGCAAAAAUCUAUGAAGAAAAUCCAUUUCUUAGUCUGUAUUUUUAAGAAUUUUCUAUGAAUUUUCAUGAAUACACAGAGUCCUAAUGUAGUAUAUGUGUAUAUGUAUGUAUAUAUAGUUAAACACUGUGGUGCUCUGACUCAAUCCUGGAAAUAACUUUAUUAUCUCAUUUUCUGUGAUGAUGUAAGACUAAAAAGAAAUUACUUCAAUUAAACUGUAACAUUGUACAUAGUUUUCCUAUUAAAAUCUCAAUGCUCUCUGAUAUUUACCUUAAUGUAACCUUUAAUGCAAUCACUACCUAAUGGUUUCACACCUUAUAAGCUUGUAAACUUCAGUUAUUUCAAAUAUUUUAUGCAAUAAAAUGUGUCACUCUCUAUAAA